UGAAGGUAUUAGCUAUUUUAUUUGCUUUGGCAGUUAUUUCCUACGCGACGCGAAGUUGAAUGGCGAUGUUCCUGCAUUUGGUUAUCAUGGCAAGAUUGGCAUUCCUUUGGCCAGGAUGAUACAACAGGCAGAAAAUCAAGAGCUGUUAGCUUCAGAUGGGCAAGGGACAGUGGGUGAUAAAAAAGGCAAUAUUAGUAAAGUUCCUUACCAAAUUGGCGUGACAUCGUUCGGCUCUGCUGAUGGUUGCGCUGUCGGUUUGCCUGCUGGUUACGCCAGAGUCACGUCCUAUGUGUCUUGGAUUACCUCCGUGAAUUAAAAUUAAGAUGAACCUACUGUGUUUUUUUAAUUUGACUGUUUCCUACUACUUACUACUUUGAGGUCAUAUUAUAUUUUACAACCUGAUAGGUACACUAUUACUAAUUCUCUUACCACCUUAUAUACUUCAGCAAUUCCCGUUAAGUUUGUACAUUUGGAUCACGUCUCCGAUUUGGAUAAAAA